AUGGCCUUCCGCGGUGAGAGAUUUCACCUUGACCUUUCCGACGAUGACGAGCCCGACAAUGUAGCAACUACAACUACAGCUACCGCCAUGCCAUCCCUUGGAAGCUUCGUGAACGAUAUCCAAGAACGGACGCCCUCGGCACCCACUCCUCCCACGGCGCCGACACCGAAAUCGACACCUACCACCACCGGCUUCCCAGCGCACCGAAAACGCACCAAAGUGUCCGCGUUCAGGCGACAGCGUGAGAACGCAGGUGUCGACACUGAUGAUGACAAGCCUGCGGCAAAGGACAAUGUUUCUACUGAAGUAGACGAGAAGAGGGCCAUUGACGAAGAAAAUAGGAGAAGGCUGGAGGCCAUGUCGAAGGCAGAGAUCGAAGCUGAACGCGCUGAGCUGAGGGCUGCUUUGCCGACAUCUUUGAUCGAAAGGCUGCUGAGGAGAGCAAACAUCGAGGAAGAUCAGCAGGUAUCGCAGGGAGCCAAACAGGACGAUGUUAAGGAGUUGGAAUCGAGUCCCACCGCCUCUCUCAAGGAACCACCGAAGAAAUCGGUUUCGUUUGAUAUCCCAACAAAGCAAGCUACCCUUGAAGAAGUCAAAGACGACGAUAAAGAACAAACAUACAUCCAACCAGACGACCUUCCACCCGCAAACCCACCGUCCGGCCUACAUCCUGCCUCCCAACCACCGCCGCCCAUCCACUUCCCCCGUCCGCCACCUCGCUCUACACCCAUGCCAAACCUCGACCCAUCCUCGCCUUCAUUCCUCGCCGACCUCCAAACCCACUACUUCCCCGACACCCCUCACUCGUCAUCAAGUCUCUCAUGGCUACGCCCUUCAGACUCCGACUCUGACCCAUCGUCCGCCUACCACCCUUCCAGCACCGCAACGUCCAUCGCGCCAGCCUCCAUCCGCUUCUCACUUACCGGAACUAUCCUUCCACCUCGCACGGCACUCUCCCUACCCCCAUCAAUGGGCCUACAUCAUCAUGCCGCUGACCCGGAAGCUGCAGGGUAUACGGUGCCGGAACUCGCGAUUUUAUCACGCUCUACCGUACCGGCUCAACGGUGUCUAGCAUGGCAGGUGUUGGGCCGUGUGCUCUACCGCCUGGGUAAAGGGGAAUGGGGGGAUCAAGAUAGCCAGUUGGUGAGUGGGUUGUGGAGUGUAGUUGAGAGGGAAUCGGUAGUUGCGGGUAUGAUAGACGAGGCCGGAGGUGAUGCCGAUAUUGAUGGCAAGAAAGAGACUUCGGAUGAUGAUAAGCUUACUCCAACCCCGGCCAAGGCUGGAGGUAUUGGUCGGCACGCCAGUGCUAGAGCGUGGGCUACGGAAGCAGUUUGGCUUUGGCGGCGAGGAGGGGACGGGACAAGAGGGCUGAGGAGGGAGGCCGGAGCCGUUUAG